AAUUCCGUUUCCGGUGGGCGGCCAUUAUUGAGUUGUUCGUUCGCCGGGUCUGAGAAAGGUCGCUAGUGAAUGAAGAAAAUUUAAUAAUUCCAAAUUCUCUCUAAUCGAGAGAUACCCACUCAAGCGAUCAGCACCUCUUAACAUCAUCGAAAAGAAUCAUAAGGCAUCAAGAUGCAGUACAACGGAUUCCACAACCAGCAUCCGAUUUUCAGACCUCGACCAGACCGGAAUGAACAAUUCGGUAAAAUACCUAUUUUCAAUGGUAUGGACUUUGGGGGCCCUAAAAAUUUCGGACCAAGAAACAUGGGCAACAAACCCAACUUUCGGCCCAGAAAUGAUUUUAAUGGAAUAAGAAAUGAUUUCAACAACCACAAAUCUGAGAAUGGUGGAAAUCAAGGUGAUUUUGGUGGACCGAAAGAUUACAACAAAAUUAAACAGAAUUACAACAACCAAAACCAAAUUAAGAAGAAUGAGUAUGAUGCUGACAAAGCUGCUGGAGGUAAUAUGCAGUUUUAUGGCAAUGGCAAAAAUGACUUUGGUGGUCCAAAACAACAAGGAUUCCCUAAAAAUAACUUUGGUCCGAAAAACUUCAACAAUCAGAAUGGACACAACAGUCAGCAACAAAGCUUUGGGCCUAAGAAGGUGUUCAAUCCUAAUAAUAUGCAACAGGCAGUUGAUUUCAAUGGUAAACAAAGAGGCAAGAAGACUAAACACCCUGGAGACAGUUUAGUGAAACCUAUGUGGGACUUAACACAGCUUGAGCCUAUUCAAAAAGAUUUCUACAAGCCGCAUGCUAAUGUAGAAGGACGCACAGAUGAUGACGUGCAGAAGUUCCGCGUGUCGAAAGAAAUCACUGUUAGUGGCAAUAAUGUUCCUCGACCAAAUCAAAUCUUUGAUGAAGGGAAUUUCCCUGAUCAUAUAAUGAACACCAUUAAGGAGCAAGGAUGGGCUGAGCCUACAGGCAUUCAAGCUCAAGGAUGGCCAAUUGCUCUGUCUGGACGUGAUAUGGUGGGCAUUGCUUCGACAGGAUCUGGUAAAACAGUGGCAUACAUGUUGCCUGCUGCAGUGCACAUUGUACAUCAACAGCGUAUACAGCGUGGAGAUGGUCCCAUUGCAUUAAUUUUAGCUCCCACCCGAGAAUUAGCCCAGCAAAUUCAGUCUGUUGCUCAGAGUUACAGUGCUCAUGGCUGUAUUCGAAACACAUGUCUUUUUGGUGGCUCCCCUAAAGGACCACAAGCAAGAGACCUCGAGAGAGGUGUUGAAAUUGUCAUUGCCACUCCUGGACGAUUGAUUGAUUUCUUAGAACGUGGCACAACCAACUUGCGACGAUGCACUUAUUUGGUCCUUGAUGAAGCUGAUAGAAUGUUAGAUAUGGGAUUUGAACCUCAAAUUCGGAAGAUUAUUGAGCAAAUCCGCCCAGAUCGUCAAGUGCUGAUGUGGUCUGCUACAUGGCCGAAAGAAAUUCAAGCCCUUGCUGAAGAUUUUCUAAAUGAUUACAUUAAAGUUAACAUUGGAUCACUAAAUCUGUCUGCUAACAAUAAUAUUAAACAAAUAAUUGAAGUUUGCGAAGAACAUGAAAAGGAAACUAAGUUGACUAACUUACUCAAAGAGAUUUCACAGGAAAGAGACAACAAAGUCAUUGUUUUUGUAGAGACAAAGAAGAAGGUGGAUGAUAUAGCUCGAGCUGUUCGCCGUAAGGGUCAUAAUGCUCUUGCCAUACAUGGCGACAAGUCGCAAAUUGAACGCGAUGCUGUGUUAACAGAAUUCAGAAACGGAGCCACUAGCAUUCUCAUCGCCACAGACGUAGCAGCACGAGGCCUUGAUGUUGAGGAUGUCAAGUUUGUUAUUAACUUUGAUUACCCGAAUUCUUCAGAAGAUUAUAUUCAUAGAAUUGGGCGUACUGGACGUUGCCAGCAAUCUGGGACAGCUUAUACCUACUUUACAUCCAGUGAUGCGCGUCAGGCUCGCGGAUUACUCGCUGUUCUUCGUGAAACUGGCCAGACCCCGCCUUCCAAACUGAAUGACAUGGCUCGCAGUAACAACAAUAAUUCUGGUCGUAACCGUUGGCAGCAACGUAAAGAAAAUAACAGUGGAGCUAGUUCACCACGCCAGCAAAACAAUCAGUGGAAUAAUAAGAUGGCCAAUCCUAACCCUGAAGAAACACAAAAUACCUACCAAAAUUGUGGUGGCAAUCAACAAGCACCUCGUUUCUCUAACCAAAACCAAGGAAACCAGGGAUACAGACAAAACAGUUAUCAAAAGCAAGUACCCUUCCCCAGCCCCAAUGUAUUUGAGUCUAUGGGAAGCUACCAAGGAGGGUACAACAAUGGUUAUCAGAAUGGAUAUAACAACCAAAAUGGAUAUGCUCAACGCCCAUACAACAAUAUGCGCAAUGGUGCACAGCAGUACCGCAAUAACAAUGCUGGCAACAAAAACAAUGGAACUGGGUCAUCAUAUGGAUCUCCACCUCCUCACUUUGCUACACCACAGCAUUACCCCCAGAUGCAUCCUCAUCAUCAAGAGAUGCUUGGUGGCAAGUUCUAUGGUGGUGGAGUUGGCGGUGGAGGACCUUGUGGAUAUCAAGCUGCAGUGGGUGUAAGCGGGCCUUACGCACAUUUGCCUCCCGGCCCUUUGUUGUACGCGGCUCCAGUGCAACAAUAAUUGGUUAAUGACGACACGCCGCUCUAUCCUCUAUUUAAAUACAACCUGUCAUGAGUCGUAAUAUGCCAUUUUAUAGGCGUUUAUAGCAUUAUCGACUUUCUAGUUAUAUUGAUGUUCAGCAUAGAUUUCCCUUAAGCUCUCUCUACUUUGGAGAUGUCAAAUCUGAAACAUAUUUUACCUAAGCGCGGGGUGUUGAUUAUUUCGAUGUCAAUGAUAGUUUUCUUAAUUCGCUCUUUUUUGUUAGAUCUGAAUGAAGGCUUACAAAAUUAUAUAUUUACUUAUAAAACGUGUGAAUAAUAUUUCUGACUAAUGUCUAAACAUACAUGGUCGCCCAUUUAUUAUAGUAGACGUAAUAACUGUCUAUACAAUGAUGAAACUUUUUGUGAAUUCUCUUUCAGAUCCAUUUGAAUUAAUGAUAAUGUGUGUUAGGUUUAUAAGAUUAUUUCUCUGUUGGUAUGAGCUGUUGGUUAAAGAAAAUACCAAAAUUCCUAAUAAUAGAUUAAAUGGUGUAAAAGUUACUUUAUUAACCAGUAUAUAUGAUACUCAAUGUGAAAAAUGUGGUGUAAUAUUGGUAGUGUGCAAUUAGAUUGAACAUGCAAACAAUAGUAACACAGCUACCAACAGAGAAUUUAAAUUUUUCCAAAAUAUGAUUGUGCAGUGGAACAUUUAUUAUAAAACAUGUCAGUUCCACUUUAGAUUUAAUCAUUAUAUUUGUUAGAGUAGUUGGUGUGGGUACCCAUUCGUGUAAUCCUGGGUGCCUUUUGUUUUCUUUUAAAAGUGUCUGUAUGAUGUACGAAAUGCACGAAACAUAUAGAAGAUGAGUGGAAAUUUAGGUGAAAAGUUUUAAUAUGACAGAAAUUUAUCUGAAAUAUUUUAUAUAAAUUAUUUUUACUAUUAACGAUUGAUUGAAUCCAGUGGAUAAUGGGACAAUUUAGUAUUAGAAAAUUGAAUACUUAACGCGUUAUAAAAAUGCUUUUGAUAUACUUCAUAGUAACAAUCUGUAUUGCCAGAUAAAAUUGUGAAUAUUUUUCUUAUGUAAAGUGAUGUCAAUGACAUUUCAGUCACUGAUUUUCAAUGUUAUUUUUUUAUUAAAGAUUAGAUCUUUAUAUACUUGAAUAUUAUGCCUAGGGAUACUAAUUAGUCAGCGUCAAUUUGAUCUAAGACAAAGUUGGGCUUCGAAUAAAACUCAUUUUACCAUUCACAAAAAUGUAGAAGUGUGUAAAUAACAUGCAUUUAACUUAGAAAGAUUAUUUUGUGAGUGAUAAACAAUCAACCACAAUAUUUAAUUUCAUAGCAAAAUAAGUGAUUUGUUCUUAUUUUUGAUUAUUUUUAUGGCAUCAUUUCAGAUAAGUCGUCUAGUUACUUACUGGAUAUCUUUGUACGUACGCGGGUUCUCUAAAGGCUUAAUAAGGAAGUCAAUAGGUACAAACUAAUGAAAGGUUAAACAUGUAUUAUUUAGAUGCCCGUUACUGUCCAAAGAUUUGGAAAAUCUGUGAUAUUUCAUUACUAUAUAACCUGUCGUUGCGUUGGUCAAUUGUUAAUGCAUAAGAACACUUCCUACGCCAGGAAUGUGUUUACUAGACAAAAAUAUAUUUUUUGACUAUUUGAACGAAUUACAUGAGAAUGUUUGUGACAACAAAGCUUGCAAGUCGUUCACAGAUAUAUAAUAAUUAUAAUAGAUGUAAGAUUUAAUAAUUUAUUGUUAUUCAAUUUAGUUUUCCGUUUACCGUUAGGUGACGAAAAUGAACCAGUCAAUGGGACGUAAACGUUAUUAUCUAUAAUAAAGACCCCGUUUUAUGAUACAUCCAUGAGGUAUGAUGUAAUGCAACGGGUCUAAUAAACGGAUAUUAAGGGGUGAACAACGUGUUUGUGGGUUUCGCAUUCGUGACGAAUUCAAUGCGGGGCUUGCUUUGUUAUUUGUGUACAUUUUAAGAGGAUGUGUAUAUGAGCAUAAUUUCGUCUUAAAGAUGAUGUCUUAAUGCUAGCUGGCCAGGAAAGUCGUCGUUAGUUUUUUUUUUUUGUUUAACUGUUUAUUAAUCAGAUAAUGUCUGAAGUAGGUCACUGGUGGCGGUAGGACGGCCGGGCUAGUUAUGCGUGCGUAAUUUAGAUUGGCCAUCGUGUGUCGUGUCCGGUAUGGUCGCGGAUCGCAGGUAGCUCCUGUAUUAUGUACAAAGUACUGCACCCACCUCUACUAAACAACUGUGAUAA